GCAAAGAAAACAUGAAAAGCUUAUUGGAUGAUCAUUGACAGACAAAUGAGGAGGGAGAUACGGGAGUAAAUGUGCAAGUCUUGGAAAUGAGCCUAUUGGCUGGCAAUCAAAGCUCCGCCUGCGAAGCUUGCUGGGCGCGUGACACCUCGGCGGUGCUGAUCUUAGAAGCGGCGCAGCGCGUGCUGUCUGUCUCUGAAGGUUACCAGGGAAGUUCACCUGAGCGUCGCAGAUGGAAACCAGGCAGCAAGAGCUGUACUCUAGUGUUCUGAGUGAAGCAGUGCUGGACUGGGCCAGCGUGGGCCCCGAGGAGGAAUGGCUUAACUCAGCCACACAUGAAGGAGACAUGGGUUUGGAUAGGUUUCACCACUCUGGUGGGGAGGAGUCCAGUCGGAGGAGCUCACAUGGGGAGGACUUGGCCCCGCUGGUCCAAAAUGGGGAAAGCCUGACAGAUUGGGGUAACACCUCGUCCCGGGUGGAGGAUCAGUGGUGUCGCACAUCAGGGUGUCAGUCUGACAGCUGGGCCAUGUCCACCACUUGGGACAUGCAGCUAGACAGCACAGAGAGAGGACGCCUGACUGCAGGUUUUCUAGACUCUCAGCCUCUGAGGGAGGCCGACGAGGAUAUGGUGUCAGAAGUCAGCCUGAACACCACCAACAUGACCGAGGAGGAGAGGGAAGAGAUUCUGCAGGAGCUGACCAAACUGGAAGAAGAGAUCAGCACACUGAAGCAGGUUUUGUUGUCCAAAGAGAAGCAGCACGCUGAGCUCAAACAGAAGCUGGGGAUCACUCCCCUCAGCGAGCUGAGGAACAACUUCAGCCGAGGCUGGCACGACAUGCAGACCUCCACCGCAUACAAGAAGACAUCGGAGACGCUGUCCACCGCAGGACAGAAAACCUCAGCUGCCUUCAGUAACCUUGGGACCGCCCUCACCAGGAAGUUUGGAGACAUGAGGUAAACAAUUAUGUCACCGCUUUUUAUUUUUUAGGACUGG